AUGCAUCGACUGCUGUGUCUGCAUGUAUUCCUAUGCUGUCUCAGUAUGGCUCUGCCUUUUUGUCCCUCACAGUGCACCUGUGUCUUUCAUGGACGCACAGAUGGAACGGGAACCAGAUCUGUCCUCUGUAAUGACCCAGACAUGUCUGACAUCCCUGUCAAUGUCCCAGUGGAUACAGUCAAACUCCGCGUAGAGAGAACUGCAGUACGGCGUAUCCCAACUGAAGCUUUUUACUAUCUGGUGGAGCUACGUUACCUUUGGAUUACCUAUAAUUCCAUUACAUCUGUUGACACAGGCAGUUUUUACAACCUAAAAGUGCUCCACGAGCUGAGGCUGGAUGGGAAUAUGAUUUCAGUUUUCCCUUGGGAGUCCCUCAAAGAGAUGCCAAAGCUGAGGACACUGGAUCUUCAUAACAAUAGACUUACCAGUGUUGCCCCUGAGGCCAUUCCAUACCUUGUCAACAUCACCUAUUUGGAUCUAUCCAGCAACAAACUGACUACCCUGCCCUCUGACCUCAUGGAUAUCUGGCCACCCUUUAACGGUGUCCCUAUCUCUUCUAAUGCCUAUCAAAAAGUCAUUUUAGGCCUUCAAGACAACCCUUGGCUCUGUGACUGUAAAAUCUCCAAGCUGAUUGAGAUUUCCAGGAUGGCUGACACACCAGUGAUUUUGACGGAUUUAUUUUUGACCUGCACAGCACCAGAGACCCUAGCAGGUGUUCUUUUUCAGCGUGCUGAGCUGGAGAAUUGCGUAAAACCAUCAGUGAUGGCGUCUGCAACCAAGAUAACUUCGACAUUAGGCAGCAACGUCCUCCUACGAUGUGAUGCCUCAGGAUCUCCAACACCAACUCUUUAUUGGACCAAAUCAGAUGGUUCUCCGGUCAACAAUACAGUCCAGGAGUCACCUGGGGAAGGCAUUAAUUGGUCCAUUAUGAGCUUGCAUGGAAUAGAACAUAAAGAUGCUGGGGACUACAGCUGUACAGCAAAGAAUGUUGCCGGCACUGCAAAAGCCACCAUAUCUCUAACCCUGGCCGGUACCAUAAGCACUACUGCGCCCUCACUCCGACCCGAUGCUGAGACUGAACUGACCAAGCAGGCCACAGUGGUCACUCCUUUAGCAGACAAUUCCAAAUCACCUAUUACAGCACCAACUGUCAUUCCAGGAUCACUAACUACACUUUCUGUUGGCCCAAAAUCACCCAAACCAGUCUCUGGCAACGGUUUUCAGAAAGGUCUGCUCAAGGAGACAAAAAACCAACAAGGAGGUGAUGGAAGAAAAUUUGCAGCAGAUGAAAAGAGCAAAAAAAGUGGCAGUUCAAGAUCUGUUAAGGACCUGGAAAUUGUAGAGCAGACAGCUGACAGUGCAGUGUUGCUCUGGACAGCAGGGGGAUUACUAAACGAUGCACCUCUCACGGUUGUAUAUUCCCCAUAUGGUGAGGAUGACAGUAAAAGGACAGUGGAAACCAAAGCUGGAAGCGGAAAAGUGCUCCUUGAUGGUCUGUCUCCUGGAAUGAGAUACUCAGUUUGUCUUGUAGCAAAGGUGAGUGUUGCUAAAAAAGAUCCCUGCAUUGACUUCUACACAGAAGACAGUGAGCAGAACAAACUUUUCUUUAUCAUAAGCGGCAUCGCCUGCAUUUUGGUUUUGCCGUUAAUUGCUUUACUUGUCUACAAAAUUCUCGCUCUUUACUGUAAGGGACACAACUCACCUUUAGAUGAAAAUGAGUUAGGAAGGGAGAGCUAUGUCAAAUUUGAGACAAUCUCAAUGAAACAAAGAACUUUUAACUCACACCCAUGUGAACUUUGGGCAAGAAGACCAACAAAUGAAUCUGAGCGGCUAUUGCUGUGCUCCCGAUCAAGUAUAGACUCUCAGAUGACCUACAAGAGUGAUAGUUCUCGGUCUGAGUAUCUCUGUUGAUGUCAAAAUACAUUGCCAAUACACUAACAAUAUGCUGAUACACCUGCCUUUCAAGAUUUUGAGGAAUA